AAAGUGCUUUUAACAGGAGGCCAGCAAAGGGUAGCGUCCGUAUCUGUUUAGUUACAAUUUCAGAAUCAGUGUUGCUUUGAGACUCCUUUUUUCCCCAUGGAAAGAUAUAAUCCAUCAUAAUUGAAAUGAACAACACUGUGCGCAGUCAUCUUCGCAAAGCAUUGAAUGCUCUUGAAGAAAAUCCGUUUGAAGACUUUAAAUGGACGCUAAAAUGUAUUAACCACAAUGGAAAGGAAAACAUUCCUAUUAGUUCAUUGGAGAAAGCUACGCGACUAGAAGUUGUAGAUCUCCUGAUUCAGUAUUAUAAAGAAGAUGCUGUAGAUGUGUGCAUCAUAGUCCUUCAACAAAGUAAUAUAAAUAAUGUUGCUAGAAAUCUUGAAGAAGCUCUACAAGUUGCAGAUGUUGAUGCUCACCAACUUAUAUCAGAUUACAGAAACCACAUUAAAAAAACAUUUGAAAAAAUGAAAGAUCCUAAUGCUGUUCUUGGUGAAUAUGUGCUCCUGAAUCAGAGAUACUCAAAGCUAAUCAUCCUAGAUGAUCACCGUUCUAAAGAAGAGAGAGAACAUGAAAUUAUGGCAACAGGAAGGAAACAUGUUGAAAUCAUUAGCAAGAGAGCGAAGUCUUCAACCAGCCUUGAAAAAUUAUUUAAUCCUGAUAAAAAUGGAUUCAUUCCACAAGUUGUUGUGUUGCAAGGAGCUGCAGGAAUUGGAAAAACUAUGAUGGCCAAAAAAAUCAUGCUUGAUUGGGCUUCUCAAAAACUUUACCAGGACAAAUUUCAUUAUGUUUUCUAUAUUAGCUGUAGAGAGAUGAAUCUUGCAGAGACAGAGGAGAGUAGCAUUGAAGAUAUAAUUUCUAAACAAUGGCCCAAGUGUCAUGCAGUGAAAAAUAUACUACAGAAUGAAAAGGAGAUUCUGUUCAUUAUUGAUGGGUUUGAUGAAUUAAAGUAUUCUUUUGAUCUGUCUAAAAACUACUUUUGUACUAAAACCCGGAAGAAGGAGCCAGUGAGAAUUAUUUUGAGUAGUUUAUUUCAAAAAAAGCUUCUUCCUGAAUCUUAUCUUAUAAUCACAACAAGACCAACUGCUUUGGAGAAACUCGAUCAAUGUUUAGGGGACUCACGUUAUUUUGAGAUAUUGGGUUUUUCCACACAGGAGAGAAAAGAAUUUUUCUACAAUUUUUUUGAAAACAAAGAAGCAGCAAUUGAAGCUUUUAGCUUUGUUAAACAAAAUAGUAUACUUUUCACCAUGUGUGUCAUUCCCCUUGUGAGCUGGAUCAUUUGCACUGUGAUGAAACAGGAAAUGGAGAGAGGCAAGGAUCUUCUGAAGGCACCGUGCACCCUUACUGAAAUCUAUAUGCUGUAUCUCUCCAGUUUGUUAAAGUUUCACCACAAAGAAUCCAAACAGGAUGUCCAAUCAUAUGUGAAAGGCUUAUGCUCCUUGGCUGCACAAGGAGUCUGGAAUCAAGAAACAUUGUUUUUGGAAGAAAAAGUGAAGAUGCACAGUUUGGAUCAAGGAGACCCUCUUCCCCUUUUUCUGAAUCAGAGCAUCUUCAAAAGGGACAUUGAUUGUAUUCAAACCUUCAGUUUCAUUCAUUUAAGUUUUCAGGAGUUUUUUGCUGCUUUGUUUUAUCUCCUAGAAGAAGAAGAGGAGCAACGUUCUCCAAAUCAGGAUAAAAAUUUGCAGACACUGUUAGAAAGACAUAAAUCUUUUAGGCCUAACUUUGCAAUAGGAUCUCACUUCCUCUUUGGUUUUUUAAAUGAAGAAAAAAGAAUGACAAUGUUAAAACAAGAAUUUGGAUGGAAAAUUUCUCCUAAGAAUAAAGAAUUCUUAUUAGACUAUGUGAAAAAUAAUUUUAAAAAAAGUAGACAUAAUUUCCAAUUGCAAAAAGAAAUGUUUAGUUAUUUAUAUGAGAUACAAGAUGACAAUUUUGUAAAAGAUGCAGUACAUGAAAUCACUCAAAUAGAGUAUGAGUGCAACUCAGAUAUGGAUUUGAUGAUCCUAGCCUAUUGUGUACAACACUGUCACAAUUUGACCUAUCUCGAUGUUGAAGUCCCUGAAUCGCUGUAUAUUACAGAGACCGAUUUUUUUCUAGAAAAUAAGGAAUGGAGUUUGGAUGAAAAAUAUGUGGAAGACUUCUUUAAAGCACUGAAAAAGCUGACAGAAUUAAGAGUCCUGAGUUUGGUAGGAUGGUCCUUCACAGAGUUGUGCAGCAGGGAUCUUGCUGAAGUCUUCAAGAACAACCAGAGACUGAAAAUAUUAGAGUUGUCCCUUGAUGACACAGAUGACACAGCAGCAGAAUUGCUGUGUAAGGGGCUCCAAGAUGAAGAGUGUAAAAUAGAAACACUAGUGUUUAAUGGAGAAAACAUGACGGAAUUCUGCAGCAGGAAGAUUGCAGAAGUAUUCAGUAAAAACAAGAGUUUGAGAGAGUUAAAUUUCCAGCUCUUCUAUCCAGAUGACAAAGUAGUGAAAAUAUUGUGUGAGGGGCUCCAAGAUAAAGAUUGUAAAGUAGAAAAACUAGGGCUUGCUGGAGAUUUUCUGACCAAAUUCAGCAGCAGCCAUCUUGCAGAAGUACUAAGGAAAAAUAUGAGAUUGAGAGAGAUAGAGUUUUCUCUCAGAGAAAUAGAUGACAAAGUAGCAGAAGUGGUGUAUGAUUUGCUCAAACAUUCAAAAUGUGGACUUGAGAUACUACAGCUUGUUGGACAGUUCCUCACUGAAUCUGGCAGCAGGGAUCCUGCAGAGGUACUGAAGAAAAGUGAGGAAUUGAAAGAGUUAACGUUGCCCCUGAAGAACACAUUUGACAAAAUAAUAGAGUUGCUGCCUGAGUUGCUGAAAUAUCCAGAAUGUAUAAUAGAUGCACUAUGGUAUCUUGAAAAUUUUGUGGCAAAAUCCAACUACAGACACAUUGAGGAGAUACUCAGAAAGAACCAGAAAUUGGAAGAGUUUUUCAAGAAUGACUCAGAUGACUCAGAUGACACAGAUGACACAGAUGACAAAACACUGAAAUUUAUUUUUGAUGAGUUCAUAGAUCUAGCAGAUAAAAAGCAGAUGACACAACUUGCUGGACAGUUCCUGAUUGAAUACGGCAGCACGCAUCUUACACAUAUUUUCAGGAAAGACCGGAGAUUGAGAGAGUUAGAUUCGUUUCUGAACAACAUAGUUGUCAAAACAAUAGAACUGCUCCUUCUGGGAUUCAAAGAAUCUGAAUGUACAAAAAAGGGACUAGGGCUUCUCAGACAGUUCCUGAAUGAUUCCUGCCACAGGGUAUUUGCAAUACUUGAAAAAAAUCAGGGAUUGAGAGAUUUAGAGUCAUUCGUGAAGAAUAUAUUUGCCAAACCAAUAGCACCGCUGCUUGAGGAGUUAAAAAAUCCAGAAUGUAUACAAGCUACAUUACAGUAUAUUGGACACUUGCUAAAUGAAGCAUGCAGCUUUUUACUUGCAUAUCUCAGCGAAAACCAGGAAAUGAGGGAAAUGGAGUCAUUCCUGAGGAACACAAAUGACCAAACAACGGAACUACUCUGUGAGGGACUCAAAGAAAGUAAUAUAGAGACACUACACAUUCUUGGAGAGAUACCGACCAAAUCCUGCAGCAAGCUUCUUGCAGAUGUACUGAGGAAAAACCAGAGAUUGAGAGUAUUAAAGUUGUCCCUCAAGAAUCCAGAUGACACAACAAUGGAACUGCUGUAUGAUGGACUUAAACAUUCAGAAUGUACAAUAGAAACACUACAGCUUGCUGGAAAGAUCCUGACUGAAUAUUUCAGAAUGCAUCUUGCAGAAGUACUCAAGAGAAACCAGAGAUUGAGAGUGUUAAAGUUGUCCCUCGAGAACCCAGAUGACAAAACAAUGGAACUGCUAUAUGAUGGACUCAAACAUUCAGAAAAUACAAUAGAGACACUACAGGUGAAUGAAAAAUAUAUUAUACAGAAUGGAAAAUGGAUGGAUGUGAACCAUACGGCUAGAGCCUUCAUUGUAAAAUUCUUCUCUUUCUUCAUGCUUGCUUGUUUGAUCUAUUUUUAUUUUAUUUAAUCUAUUUCAAGUGAAGUCUGAAGAACUUUCUUUCAGUGACUAUAAUCUGAACUGAGGACUUUUCUCUUUGCAACUGAAAAAUUCUAAACUAGAGGGAUAAAAGUAAGCCCAUAAACCUGUUAAUGGAAAUUGUACCGUGUUUCCCCGAAAAUUAGACCCAGCUGGAUAGUAAGUCCUAUCUUGAUUUUUGGGGGUGGGCCUAAUAUAAGCCCUAAUCCAAAACUAAGCCCUAGUGUCAACGCUGCUAAUAUCAGAUGUUCUUGCUUUGAUAACAGAUGGAAAUGCAGCCAUUUUUCCUCUGUCGCUUUUAGAGUUAGUUGAUGCUGGGAGGGGGGAUGUGGAAGAGAGUCCAGCUAGUCAUAACAAGAGUAACUCAGCCGUGGGAACCAAAGGUUAUUAGGUCCAAAGCUGAUAGAGAUUUGGUGGGCUGGGGAGCUGGGGAGAAAGCCCACACUUCAAGUUAAUUGGGGAAUGUGAUUUAUGACUGUUAAUUGAAGGAGGAAAUUGUGCUUUGCUACUUUGUGCCAGGGGAGGAAAAUUCAGUUUUUUGCUUCAACUAUGUAGUGCCGAUAUGUUGUUUCUUGAAUAAAAGAUUCUUUAAGAAAAACAA